GUUUCCGGUAGCGGAAGCAGAUUUCCCAGCCCGGAAGCGAAUGCGAAGCAAACAUGGCGUCUGCAGUGCUUGCCCUGAGGACGAGGGCAGAAGCCCUUUUCAGCCCCAAGACAGCUACCGCUCUGGCAGUCAGAUAUGCGUCCAAGAAGACAGGUGGCAGCUCCAAGAACCUGGGUGGGAAGUCACGAGGCAAACACUAUGGCAUCAAGAAAAUAGAAGGUCACUAUGUUCAUGCUGGUAACAUCCUUGGCACUCAGCGUCAGUUUCGAUGGCACCCAGGCGCCCAUGUGGGACUUGGGAGGAACAAGUGCCUCUAUGCCCUGGAGGAGGGGAUAGUCCGCUACACCAAAGACGUCUACGUGCCCAAUCCCAACAACUCGGAAGCUGUGGAUCUGGUCACCAGUCUGCCCAGGGGAGCUGUGCUCUACAAGACUUUUGUCCACGUGGUUCCUGCCAAACCUGAGGGGACCUUCAAACUGGUAGCCAUGCUUUGAAGUCCCUUUGAGACCACUGGGUGGGGACUGGAGCCAGGUCACAGGAACGUGAUACAGGGAGUCAAGGGCCAGAUUGAGGACAUGGUCCCCAGAGAAGAGGCCUUGGAUGGUGACUGCUGGAGACCCUUUGGUAGCGCUGACGUGAGCAUCAAUAAAGCUCGCUGGAGCCCUG